AUGCCUCAGCCGAAAUGGUACGGAAAAUCUCUUUCGGCAUUGUGCAUGGACAAUAUCGUCGAUAACAUGGGAAAACCGAUGGCAUCGCGUAGUUCGGAGUACGUUUCAUAUAAUUUUGAUCAUCUGCCUUCACAUUGUCUUAAGUACAUGACUGAAUGUCUCAAGAAAGACUACUCGAUAACAGAGGACAACUAUGAUUUACUUUUAAGCCCACACUUGAAAGUUCUGGAUUUAAGACCUGAUUUAAUUUCAAAACUUCAAUUCAAUUCACUUGAAGAUGGCAUGAAGCAUGGACGUAAUAAUGCAGAAAAAAAUCUUCGCAUCUUUCGUCUGGCAUCUGACAGAUGUUUGCAACUCACUACACUGAAGAUUCCGGAUAGACCUCUUCUUUUUUUCGAAGGAGAGAGAAAUUUUGAAGUAGAUGAGAUGUUUGCUUGUGUUUUGCAGCGUUUUGAACACUUGCAAAUUCUUGAUUUAUCUCACACAAUUUAUGGUGAAAGAAGCAUGCUCAAACUUGGAUCAACCAAUAAACCAAAAAUAAGGGAGUUGCUGGUUGACGGCUGCCCUGGUGUGACCGAUACAGUAGUUGAAGUGUUCUGCACAGGUCAAAGUUCCCUUUAUAGACUGUCAAUUCUAAACACGUCAGUGACUCCUAUCGGAAUUCAAUUUGCUAUCCAACAUUUGCCAGAGCUGAAAGAACUAAAUUGCGACAAUCAGUCUGAUGUCUACAAAGCUUUUCGUAGAAUUCGUAAAGAACCCAGAGAAUCAAAAAAAUAUUCCUUGAUUAAGUUGUUUAUGGAGAACGUUGUAACAAAAAAACCCAAUGGAAUUGUUUUUUCUCGACUAGUCCCCUAUAAAAAGGGCAGCGUUUCUCUGAUGGUUGACAUGUGCCCGUUGGUCGUCGAUGUUUUAUUGCGUGUUAACAACGAAGGAUUUACGAAUGAGGAGUUAUUAGGUUUUCGAGAACUUAAACUACUAAAAAUUCUCAAAAUUUGGAUGGACCGAUCCACGAUGUCACCGGUCUCUAUUCGUGGCGGAGUAAUUCCUCUUCUACAAUCUCGUGGCCCUAAACUUGAAGAGUUAUCUUUAUGGAUGGAAGUAACGAGUGAAGAAGUAUAUGUCAUUAUCGAGUGCUGCCCGAAUGUUCGCCGUUUGCUUCUUGUUAUAACAAGUACCGAUCUGGAAACUCCCGAACUGGUGGUAGAUGAUCGCGUCCACUCUUCUCUUUGUUCCCCAAAAGAAGUAAUUCCGUUAAGGAUGCUGGAAGCCAUCUCUCUGAACUCUAACAUUAAUCCCAACGCUAUCUUCGUUAUUUCACGCAAAUUGUUGUUAUUGCUUUUGUCUUCCCCUUCUCUUACAGAUAUUUCCAUAGACAAGUGUUUUACUCUUGAUGACCAGAUCAUUGAGGAACUUUGCUCUGAAAACAGUUUCAAGUAUUUGACCAAGUUAACGUUUCUCGGUUGUUCUAAUGUGAGCCAGAAAGGCAUCGAUUUUUUCCUGAAUGAAACGAAUCCUUUGGACGAAAUUACUGUAAAAAAAUGUGGAAAUGUGAACCUUGAGAAUAUGAAAACCAUGGCUCAAGAGAAGCAUUGGGAUGUCAAGUGGAAUGUUGAGUACUUUAGAAGAGACUACCGAGACUACUACUUGGUGAGACAAAUGCAAUCCAAUGUUUUCUAA